AUGGCUUCCUCACAGGUCCUCGAGGCUCUUGGCCACGCAAUUUCCGGCUCUUUUGGCACCGCCACAUCCACUGCCGUUCUCGCACCACUCGACCUCGUCACAACGCGCCUCAAGAUUCAGCGGCAGCUCGACGACCAGUCGCAGUAUAGCGGCGUCGUCGACGCCUUCCGCAGCAUCCUGCGUGAAGAGGGCGCCGGGACAUUUUACAGCGGCCUGGGCACCGAUGUCUCCAAGUCCAUCAUUGACUCGUUCCUCUUCUUCGGUUUCUACAAUUUUCUGCGGCAGCGCAGCGGCAAGGGACCGGGCGUGCUACAGGAGGUGGCAUUCGGCAUGAUGGCCGGCGCCGCGUCCAAGGCGUGCACGGCGCCGCUGUCCAAUGUCGUUGCGAGGCGCCAGAUGACGCCGAGUGAUGACGAAAUGCGGUCGGUUACAGAGACGCUGCGGGACAUGCGCCGGGACGGCGGCAUAAAGGCGCUCUGGGCGGGAUAUUCGGCGACGUUGGUGCUGACGCUGAACCCUAGUAUUACCAUGCUGCUUAAUAGGAGGCUCGCGGAGCGCGUGAUUCCCAUGCUAGAGGAGGAGAUGGACGUGCCGGUCGCAUGGGUGGCAUUUCUACUGGCAGCGCUGAGCAAGUCGGCGGCCACGGCACUGACGUAUCCAUUCCAGACGGCCAAGACGAUGCUACAAAUGCCGAAUGCGGGUUUGGACGAGGACGAGGAUGAAGAUGAGGAGAGGAAGAAGAGAAGGUCAAAGAGGAGGUCUGUGUGGGCGAGAAUUGUGGCAGCGCUUGAUAGAACCAUCUUUGGCAUGAUCCUGCGGCUGAUGAAGACGGAGGGACUCGGGGCGCUGUAUGACGGCAUGGAGGGCGAGCUGCUCAAGGGCUUCUUCAGUCAUGGACUGACAAUGUUGACCAAGGGCUUCUUUCACCGGUUGGUGAUUCGCAUGUGGAUCAUGUCGCAUGCUCGUCGUCCACUAAAGUCGUCGAGUUGA